AAAGAUAUAAAAUAAAACAAAUCAUAAAAACAGCGAAAUUUAUUACACUAGCAUAUUUCUUGAUAUAAAAUAUUUUUUGUAGGGUACAUUCUUACAGUGAUUUUAUUUUCAUCAUUGCGAUCUUGUGUUCUGUCUUAUGUCUUCAAGAGUUUGCCUCGCGUUGCUCAUUGUCAAGAUCUUCGGCGACACAUCAGCUCUCGUAGAACUUCCUCAAGUCGACAAAAAUAACAUAUUGGAGGCAGAUUUAUCUAUACGCGAUACUACUAACAAAUUAUUCACAAUACUGAGAUUAAAAGUAAACGAAAGGCCUAUUUUGAAACAGUAUUCGUUCAUUCACAACUACCUUGUAUCUACCAGUUUACAAGAUUAUACUAACUUGAUAGAAGUAGCUAAACUUACAAGAGUCGAUAAAAUAAAAUUAAACAAUCAAACCAUACAUUUUAUGGCAACUUUGAACGAAAUAUUAAACGAAGACAUAAACCAUGAUACAGAAACCGAAGAUGGAUAUGUUGUUGAACUAAUAGAAGGGUUCCUAAAGAAUCUUGAUGUUUAUACAGAAACUUAUAAACAUCGUGAAGAAAAUGAUUAUAUUAUUGCUGAAAUUUCAAAACUUUUGGAAAAUAAAGAUUUUUUACAAAGAAAUAAAAGUGUAGAUUCGUAUAACAGUCGGUCAACAGAAAGCGAAAAUUCUACUCUUCGUUAUCAAAAUGAAUUUUGGGAACCAAGUGGUCGCCGCAUUUACCAAGGUAGAAAAACAAGCAUAAAAGAUUUUCCAUUUAUGGCUAGCAUCCAGAUCUUUAAUCACUUCCAGUGUGCGGGUUCCAUCAUCAAGUCUGAUUUGAUCAUAACAGCUGCGUCGUGUUUACAAUUAGCUUGGAAUAACCGCUUUUUCCGGGAAAAUCCCGCAUUUCUUUCGGCCCGUGUCGGCAGUACUUACCACAACGUUGGGGGAGAAAACAUCCCGAUUUUGGAAGUUUAUUUCCACCCAGAAUACGACCCAGCUACUCUUAAGAACAAUUUGGCCGUGUUACGACUAUACAGAGUGUUGAAUUUCAAGCAUGGUAAAAAAAGAUUAAAGAAGAUUGCUAUUGAUCGGCAAGCAAAUACGUUACCGACUAACACUAGAGGUAUCACGAUUGUUGGAUGGGGGGCUAGGAGAAAAUCGAACAUUAUUGAAGAGCCAUUCUUAUCAUUUGCUGUACUUGAUUUCUACCAUCUUCAAGAAUGCCAAAGUGUUUACUCCAAACAUUACGUUACGAAAAGACACUUCUGUGCGGGAUUCAUUUCAGUUGGUGGCGGAGCUUGUAAUCGAGACAUUGGUGGUCCAGGAAUUACCCAUGGUUACCUCACCGGAAUAGUCAGCUUUGGCUCUCCUGUCUGUGGAACCCCUGAUGCUCCGACUGUCUUCACCAAAUUAGGAUACUACACCGACUGGAUUGAUGGAAUUAUGAAUAUGGAGGUCGUUAGAGUUCAUAGAUUAACUACACUUAUGACCCCUCUAACAAUGACUUGGCCUACUAGUUUCUAUAUAACUCGAAGUACUUUUAAAAUAAAACCAAUUAUAUUUACCAAAAUGCCUAAAUCUCUAAGAGAAGAAGAUCGAGAUAUUAGUGGUCAAUAUUCUGAAAAAAUGCUCCGCAACGUUAAAGGAUCAAAGACUAAAAAUGAUAUCGUUGAACGAAUUCCAUUCACAUAUACUCCUGUUACAACAUUAGAACCAACCGAAGGACCUGAAAUUCAAAGUACAAAAAUGAGUGAUACUCAACAACUUGAGAUAUUACGAGGUGAUGAAGACAGUUUAGUUAAAGACUUGUUCAGUUCCAUAAUGGAUAGCAAAGAAGUUGACAACAUACUUAAAGCAGCUACUAAAGAUACAAAAGUAGAUAAUCCGGACGAUCAAGAUACCAAUAGUGUCGAAGAUCAGUCAAUAAAUACUCCUGAAGAAAUCAAUAUUCCUGAAGACAAAACAGUACGACAAGUUCCAAUCAUUGGAUCUUUGGUCUCGACAUUAGAGCCAAAAGAGCUUACAACUUUAAGCCUGAUUACCAAAUUGGGUAUUAUGAAAGCUGAUGACGCUAUAAGUGAAAAUAAAAGUACAACAUAUGCAUCUGAUAAAAGUAUUAAUGAAAGUAAAGACAAAGAACUAAAUGCUCAACUUGAACAGGAUAUUAUCCAAAUUCUUGAUGGAAUAAAUUUAGAAGAUUUUAUAAUCAAAGAAAGUAAACGUACCGAUACUUUACAUUCGUUACUAAAAAACAAAAAAAAUAGCAAUGGUAUAAAAGACAUUUUUACUUUACUUUAUCUAUCAGAUUCAGAACAAAAAAAUUUGACAAGUGUGCUAUCAGAUGAAAUAGAAAGUAGCGAUGAAAGCGGGAUGGAAAUAGUUGCAGAUGUAUUUAAACAUUUUACAAAAUCCUUCAAUAAAUCACAAAACAUAUUAGAUUCCGAUAAAGUUUUGUUUGAUAUUGUAACAGAUGUUUUACAAGAGGAACUUCAUAAUAAAACCGACAGUAAUAAUAGUAACAAAACUGUCGAUAAUAUUAGCGAUGAGAUUGAGAAUACUAUGCCUGAAAAUGAGUUAACUAAAAUUCGAACUCGAGAAAAAAAAGUAUUCAAACAACCAAAAUACGAUCACAAAUCAAGAAGAAGGAUCAGGAGGAAGAGUACAAAGCGAUCAUUUUGAUCCUAAUAAUAAAAAAAAAAAAAUGGUUAUUAUAAAUUGCUUCACAAUAUUUUUAUAAAUAUUAUAUUUUCCUUUAGGCAUGUUUAGAAAUAUAAGCAUAUUUUCGAACAGAGGCCUCAUCAGCGUAAAUGGAGAAGGCCUAUGUCUUAUGACUGUUAAAGAAAGGGUGAAGAUAAUAGGCAUAAUAAUAGGAUAAUAGAUAUUAGGCAUAUAUAUUAUCAUAGUUAAUACUAUUAUUAACUUAAUUAAGUAUAAAAACAGUAAUUG